AUGUCAAACGACCAAGAAAAGACAUCAGGGGGCUUAACACAGCAGCACACCACCCUCUCCCUCAUCCAGAUUUUCAGGAAGAGACCAAUGGAAAAGAGCUACCAGAGCCUGGAGAUGAGCGUCAGAAAUACUGGGAGUAAAGAACGGAUAUGGGAGAGCGACAGGGAAAACAAAACUGAUGGGGAACUGUCCCUUGAUCAGUUAAAGAUACUUACGUCGAAAGAAUCAAAAACAGAAAACACACAAUAUUACUUGCAGACUUGGCCAGAAAAGAAUCAAGUUAAGAUCACAAAUUUCCCCCACCCAUAUCCUCAGCUUGCUUCCUUGUAUAAGGAAAUGAUAAGAUACCAGCGGAAGGAUGGAGUUCAACUUACAGCAAACUUAUACCUGCCCCCAGGGUUUGCUAUUCUGUCUGGUCCAACAAUACCAAUUAUUGGUGAAGGUGAUGAAGAGGCCAAUGACAGAUAUGUGGAACAACUAGUAGCAAGUGCAGAGGCUGCAGUUGAGGAAGUUGUCAAAAGAGGGGUGGUUCGCCCUGAUAAAAUUGCUGUUGGUGGUCAUUCGUAUGGUGCAUUCAUGACAGCUAAUCUGCUGGCUCACGCUCCUCAUCUUUUCUGCUGCGGAACUGCUCGCUCUGGAGCUUACAACAGGACUCUAACUCCGUUUGGUUUCCAGGAUAGAACACUCUGGGAGGCAACAAGUACAUAUGUCGAGAUGAGCCCUUUCAUGUCUGCAAACAAAAUCAAGAAACCAAUUUUACUUAUCCACGGAGAGCAGGACAACAAUUCUGGGACACUGACAAUGCAGUCAGACCGAUUCUUCAAUGCCUUGAAAGGUCAUGGUGCGCUAUCUCGUUUGGUCAUACUUCCUUUUGAGAGCCAUGGGUACUCUGCUAGGGAGAGUAUUAUGCACGUCUAG